GAACCCGAAGCAUGCCGGUUUUUCCACCAGAUCAUUGCUGGCGUCGCGCACAUUCAUUCGAAGAACAUUGUUCAUCGCGACCUGAAGCCAGAGAAUCUCCUCCUGGACAAGCAUAAACACAUCAUCAAGAUAGCCGACUUCGGGCUGAGCAACUGCUUCGACGGCAACAAGUUGCUAAAGACCGCCUGCGGCUCUCCUU